AUGGCGUCUCGCAUAUUUGAGCCAAAAGACUACACGGUGGGAUGGGUGGGUGCGCUGCCCGUAGAGCUUGCAGCUGCUUCACAAAUGCUGGAUGAGGAGCACCCAGAGCUUCCCCAUGAUCCGAAUGAUAACAACAUUUACACCCUCGGGCGAAUCGGCAGCCACAAUGUUGUCAUUGCGUGUCUUCCUGCUGGCCAGUUUGGGCCAACCUCGGCUGCCGCCGUUGCCGUCCAGAUGAAGUCAAAGUUCCCAGCGAUACGCUUUGGGCUGAUGGUGGGCGUUGGAGGAGGUGUCCCUGGCCCUGUUGAGAUCCGACUCGGUGAUGUGGUUGUCAGUCAGCCGUCUGCGGACCACGGCGGAGUGGUGCAGUAUGACUCUGGGACGGCGACGGCAUCAGGUCUCAGACGCAAGGGCUUUUUGAAUGCUCCACCGGCUAUUCUUCUAAACGCCGUGAGCAAACUGCGUGCAAACCAUAUGAGGAACCGCAGCAGGGUCUCGCAGUAUCUAUCUUCAUUCGAGGAUAUCCCUCGAUUUCAGCGGGAGCAUGCCGGAGUUGACUGGCUUUUCUCUUCUCAAUAUACCCAUGUUGAAGGUCCUACUUGUGAUGCUUGCAGUAAGAAUCACCUCAUCAUGCGAACACCGCGAGAGAACGAGAGUGUUGAAAUUCACUAUGGAACUAUUGCUUCAGGUAACCAGGUCAUCAGAAGUGGCAUCACCAGAGACCAGUUGAGUACAGAGCUGGGCGGCGUGCUUUGUUUCGAGAUGGAAGCUGCGGGCUUGAUGAAUGGCUUCCCUUGCAUUGUCAUCCGGGGAAUCUGCGACUAUGCCGAUUCCCAUAAGAACAAGAAUUGGCAGCCAUACGCUGCUGCAACCGCUGCUGCUUACGCAAAAGACUUGUUGUCUGUUAUACCGGCAUCCGAUGUGAUGGAAGCAUUCUCUGUGCCGAGGAGUCAGGCAUCACUGCAUUAUGAACCGCCCAUUCUUUCUGCAGGCCAGACGCUGGGUCUCAACAAGCCUGAAAAGAAAAACACGAUUAGCAAGUCUGAUAUUGCAAAGCUGAGCCAAGUGGCGUACACGCUUUACAGUACCCUACGCGGUAGUGAGGAAGCACAAUCUAUUCUCGGGCUUUCUGAUGACCUCUUUGGACUCCACUGCUCACUUAAUCACAUUUCCAGAUACAUCGGUGGAGAUUUUAAGCCAGAUGAGAACAGCAGGUGGCAAACAAGCAACAUUUUCAAGCGACCUGAUGUUUUGAUGAAUCGCUGCGGUGAUUUAUUGGAGGGGAUCCAAAAGACCCUCAAUGGUUGUCAGGGGCCAGAGGAAUUUCUUAACGACUGGGUGGACUUGAAAGAGGUGCAUAGUACGCCUGGUGAUAUGCCAAAACAGACCAAAGCCACCCUGGUGCAAGCCGAGAUACAAUGGUUGGCCUCAUCUAUGGACAUCCUGCUUGACGGACUGUUACGGUCAAACCAACCGAAGAUAAAUGGUGAGAGUGGGAAACCUGUACCAGCAGUAUAUGGAGCGCAAGUAACGGAGCCGUCAUCGAAAUCUGGACAGCAUAUACAGAAACGAUUUGGUCCUACAACCGUGCAAGACGAUCUGGCAAGGACAGGUAACAAACCACCGAUAAUUCCAGGUAAGAACCUAGUAUCCAUGAGCCGUUUCGAUAUCACUAAUGGGUCCCCAGAAACCAAAUUUCAAUACCAACCUACAGUUCCUGGAAUAGGGAUGAAUGCAUUCGCGUUGUUUGCGACUGAGCGUAAUACAGGCCGGACUCACAGUCCUCAAGUUCCUGCAUAUAGGACCACGGAUUUCCGAGUCCCUCGCAUACAGUAUAGAGAUAUGGACUUUCCGGUCCUGUCUCAUCCAACGCCGCCUCCCAUCUGGAUUAGCACUGUUCAGUCACAACUCAAUGCAUGGGAGUCCACGGCGGCGUCUUCAACACAGGAAAAGCGUAGUCGACGGAGAUCUGCAGUCAAUGCAUUGGUUUCACUGAAUUCUCAUAUCGGAUCAAUUGCAGAUGUGCAUCAGAGACGCCAGUUUCGCGAGCAACUGGAGCACCAUGGCCUGACCGAGGUUCUCCAAAGGAUGAAAGCAGCAGUGGGGGAGUUAGUUCUGUUGGAAAAGGAAGUUGGAGUAUAUUUUGAUGAUAAAGCAGAUGAUAGCAGAGCCAGUUAG